UGAAUUCUACAGUGCUUCAUUGGUGGCGUCGAUCCCCGGUAGCCGGAGUUCAGGUCAGUCUAGAUCGAGAGUUGCGAAAGUUCGGUUCGGUUCGGAAGAGAUGGCUGUUGCUAGAUUGGUUGUCGUCCUAGGUAUUCUGGUAGUCUUCGCGAGUAGCCUUGAGGCGAGACCGGAAUCGGAACCUACCUCAGCGCUAGAGACGGCCGAGUUCAUGAAGGACGUCAAACAGGAAUGUCGUAACACCACCGGAGAUGAUCGAGCCUUCAAGGACCUGGUGGCGAUCAUGAACAGCGAUACGCCGAGGUGUUUUAUGCAGCAUGUGAACAUGAGUUACCUGCAGACUCCGAUCGACAAGCUGAGCUCGUUGGAGCAGACCAAACUGCUGGGCGGUAUCUGCGGUCAGCUGGAGAAGGCCGUGGUCUGUAUCGAUCCGGUCGUGGAGGCGAUCAAGCCCUGCAUGGACGACGAAGACGACAUGCAGAUUCUGACGAAGAUCGUUGACAGCAUACCGGAUGCGAUCAAGAUGAUCUGCAAUAACAGUGGGGCGAUGCUGUUGGAACUGAGGGAGCCACUGUCGCGGUCUUGUGCGGUGGAGCUCGCCCCGGCCAUCGACGAUUGUAUGGACGUCCUUAGCAACAGUACUAUGACGAUGGAUCUGAAAAACUACUCCGUUACGGAGUGCAAUGAAAUCAGCAAAAUGCGAGACUGUCUGGAGCGGAAGAUCCGGGAUUGCGGGGCGUUGACCUAUUUGGAUCUGUUUGGGUUGUUCUACCGAAAUCUGCUGUCGAUUACGCCGUGCAAGCUAUAAGAUGGUCGUUGAAAAGCGGAUUUUGUAUGUGUAGUUCGAUCAAUAAAACAAUUAAUAAUCGAG